AUGUCUUCUCCACAAUCAUCCUCUUCAUCAAGCGAUGGCGACGAGGAACAUGCUAAAAAAUCUCUCAACUCAUGCAACAAUUUUGCCAAAUUGUUGAAGCUAUUGGUGAAUCGAAGUCGGAAACCCCUCUUCCUUGAAAAAGGGUGUCGUAGAAGGCGUACAUUCAUCGGGACCGUGAAGUCGAUCUACACCGACUCCAUUUUCUGGUGUCGAUUUCGUAUGCGGCAUGCAUUGUUUCUGCGCAUCGUCAACGCCGCGCAGUCCGAUCGGUAUGCACUUGGCAGACCUGACUUCACACCGUUGCAGAAAUGCACGGUUGCUAUUUGUCAACUAGCAAAUGGAGGUGCAGCUAACGAGUACAACAGGUAUCUACGGAUUGCGGAGUCCACCUCAUUGGAAUACUUGCGCAUAUUUUGUCGAAUCAUCAACCAACUCUUCGGCGCGGAAUACUUGAGGAGGUCGACUUCCGCCGACUGCCAAAGGCUUCUAGCAAUGCACGAGGAGAAGCACGGCUUCCCGAGAAUGCUAGGAAGCAUCGAUUACAUGCAUUGGGCAUGGAAGAAUUGCCCAACGGUGACUUCUGGUUCAAACAACGACAUCAACGUGCUCAACUCAUUGACGUUGUUUAACGAUCGACUAGAAGGAAGGGUUCCACUGAUCACAUAUCAAGUCAACAACUCCUACUACAAGAGUAGGUACUACUUGACCGACGAUUUCUACCCUAAUUGGCCUGUUUUGGUGAAGCGUCCUACACAUCCGACAGAUGCAAAGAGUAAGAGAUUCAAGUUGAUGCAGGAAGCGGCUCGCAAGGAUAUCGAACGAGCUUUCGGCGUGCUUCAACGCGUCUUUGGAGCAAGGAGAAGUUGA